AUGAUCCAGCCAGUAAAGGCAAAAUCUGGACAUGAUCCCAACCAGUCGAGGCAAGAUCUGGACAUGAUCCAACCAGUGAAGAACUCAGCAAGAUUUAUUUGGGCGUAUUGCUCGUGCGCAAGAGAAUCUGAGAAAGGCCGGAGCCGCGAAAGUCACACGGGAGCAGUGGAGACGCGAAUCAAGCUACUCGACUCCAACUGGGAAAAAUUCGAGGCCACCCAUGACGUACUAAGAUCUAGUCAUUGGAAGUCGAUAAGCGAGCACGAUUACACAAAAAAUGACUUCUAUGGAUGUGUGGAGGAAACAUAUGUUGCACAACGAACCGCCUUCGCAGAUCUACUCGAAGAGUUAAAGGGCAAGGCAGCAGAGGAGUUGAGCGCGUCGCUCUCUAGUCAGGGAGAGGGCUCCGCCCGCAGAACCCUUCCUCGCAUACAACUUCCUUCCUUCUCCGGAAAGUUCGAGGAAUGGCCAGCGUUCAAGGACCUUUUCCUAUCAAUCAUCCACGGGAGUUCCUCAUUGUCGGAGGUGGAGAAACUCCACUACCUGCGAACCUGCCUGAAGGGAGAGGCCGACCAGUUGGUUCGCAACGUGCCGUCGACCACGGAGAAUUACGAACGAGUGUGGACCAUGCUCACCGAUCAUUAUGAAAACAAGCGACUACUGGUGAGAGCUUGUUUCUCAGCAUUCACAGCUCUUCCGAAGAUGAAAGGUGAGUCGGUAACGGAGCUUCGGCGACUCUUCCACGGAAUGCUGCAAACCAUUGGGUCGCUCGAAGGCAUUGGGCGCCCAAUCACGAAUUGCAGCGACUUGUUCGUGCACCUCAUCGUGGAGAUGCUCGAUCCACGGUCCCGACAGGAAUGGGAAACGAACAUCGGAGGUACCUCCGGCCCACCUUCAUGUGAUGAGCUCAAGGAGUUCCUGGAAAGCCGACUUCGGACACUGGAAGCUCUACAUCCGAGUGGCAACGACUCGUCGGAAAAAACGGGAAACCCGGCGCCUCGCACCGCUCGGUCACAUUUCGCGCAGAAGACGUUCAGGCCGACGAAGUGUUCGCUCUGCCAGAAAAAGCACUACAUCCUGACCUGCCCUGAGUUUCAAGGGAAGUCAGCGCAGCAGCAAAGGGACUACGCCGAGGCCAACAAUUUGUGCUUGAACUGCUUCGGCAAACACAAAUUGAGCACCUGCCCUUCGAGGAAGUCCUGUGCGGCAUGCAAGCAGCGACAUCAUAGCUCCAUCCACGAUGUCUGUGCAACGGCUAAAAGCGAUGGAGUAGACGCCCCCAGUUCGCUGCAUGUCCACAACACGGAGGGCGAGCGCGCUACCGUGCUGCUGGCAACUGCGAGGGUCACGGUGACUAAUAAGUAUGGCACUCCGAGACCAGCGCGCGCGCUGGUCACGGAGUCCUUCGUGCAACGGUUGCGACUUCGGCGCUCUCCUUCCUCCACGGUCAUUUUCGGCGUUGGCGGACAGGAAACCGGCGUCUCGCGAGGCAAGGUAAUGCUGACUCUUACUUCAUGCGUUACUUGCGCAACAAUUCACGUAGCCGCGUUCAUUUUGCCGCGCAUUUCGGUCUACGGCGGACGCGUUGGCUCGACCGAGACAACGUGGCCACACGUGCGAGACUUGCCACUUGCAGACCCAAGCUUUCGGUCAGGAGAUUCGAUUGACAUUCUCUUGGGUGCGGACGUGUACUCCGAGAUCGUGGAGAACGGUCUCCGUAAAGGUCAAUCCGGCACCCCCGUUGCGCAGAGGACAUCUCUUGGUUGGAUUCUGUCGGGAGUGAUAGGCAGCGCCGGGCCACGGGAGCCUGUCGCGUCUCACCAAUGUUCGGCCGACGAGGACUUGGCCGCGCUGGUGAGGGCCUUCUGGGAACAAGAAGAGCUCACACCGACUGCAAGACCUCUCGCUGACGACGACCGUCGAUGUGAAGAGCAUUUCGCGAGCACGCACCGCAGACUUGCGUGCGGGCGAUACCUUGUACGACUGCCUACGGGGCCCAUUCUGCCACCUCUCGAGGACUCACGGAAAGCAGCAUUGCGCACUCUUAAUAGCAUGGAACGAAAAUUCGCUUCCAAUGUCGACUUUCAUGCCAUGUACUCCGAAUUCUUGAAGGAGUAUGAGGCACUGCAACAUAUGUCCCUGGCACCACCACCGGAACAAGCGAGACGCCCGCGAACUUGCUACUUGCCACACCAUGGGGUCACUAAGAUGUCCGGAGACGUAGCAAGGAUCCGAGUCGUCUUCAACGGCUCGGCGCGCCUCGCCUCGGGUGACGCUCUCAAUAGAGCCUUAUUGACGGGACCCAACCUUCUGCCGGCGUUGGCAGACAUACUUUCGCACUGGCGGGUGCAUCGAUUCGCCAUGGCGACGGACAUCGAAAAGAUGUACCGACAGGUCCUCGUUCACGAGGACGAUCGAGACUUGCAGCACAUUCUCUGGCGAACGAAUCCUACCGAACCGAUUAAGGAAUAUCGGCUCAACACGGUAACUUACGGUCUUACCUACGCACCGUACCUUGCCAUUCGUACGUUGCGGCAGUUGGCAGACGACGAGGAAAAACGCUUCCCCUUGGCCGCGAUGGUGCUCCGGCGAGACGUGUAUGUCGACGACAUCCUCACCGGAGCCGACACAUUGGCAAAAGCUCGUUACUUACGAGAUGAAUUAAUACAACUCUGUGCGGCGGGCGGUUUCCCGCUGAGAAAAUGGGCGACCAAUGACGACGAGCUGCUAAAGGACAUCCCGGUCAAUCAUCGGCAGCGAGAUGGUCUCCUGGAAUGGGAGCCAGACACAAGCCAUUCCACCUUGGGGCUGCAAUGGCAUCCGUUGCAAGAUGCAUUCGCCUAUAAGGUACGACCAUGCGAGGAGAGGAGCGUGACGAAGCGGGCGUACUGUCCGAAACAGCGCGACUCUACGAUCCGUUGGGCUGGCUGGCGCCGGUGGUCGUGCAGGCGAAGAUAA